UUGCAAAGCUUGAAUUUAGAGCUUGAGUAGUAAUUGCUGCAACCCAUUUGUUGCGACUUUAAUUCACUAUGUUCCCUUAACAUGCAAGGAUUGUGUAUUGUUUGGACAGUCCUAGUGGAAACAAUAUAUUCAGUGUCACCGCGAUAAAUUGUUUGGAAAAGAAACGUCGUAAAUUCAGAGUUUUGACUCCCUUGAAGAGGAGAUAAUUUGAAAGGUUUUGUUCCUUUCCGCAGAGGUUCAUGAUGGAUGUAAAAUACAAGAUCCAAAUUUUUCCAGAAUAAUUUCUGAUGUCGACUGAUAUUAAAAGAUGUUCUAAGUGCUGAUGCGUCCAGUGAGCUUGGGAAGAAUUAAGAUGGGUAAGCAGAACGCAGCCCGCAGUACCAAGUCCACCAACCAGUAUCGAAUUCCCAUACCCCUAGAACCUCUUAAAGAUGGUCAUAGCAUGGAUCCCAAGGAAAAAACCUUUUUGGAAGCUGCAGAAAGAGGUGACAAACCGACAAUGGUUAGAUGCUUGCAGAAACCAAAUCCUGUGAACGUUAACUGCACUAAUAUCUUGGGACGUAGUGCCAUACAAAUCGCAGUUGACAACGAAAAUGUAGAAAUCGUCGAGCUGCUGUUACAGCAAGAAAGUGUAAAAAUCGGAGAUGCCUUGCUGUACGCCAUAAGAGAAGGAGUAUAUAAGAUAGUGGAGAUGCUCAUCAACCACCCUAGCAUUACUAGUGAGAUGCUUGCCAAUGAUUGGGCGAAAACUCGACAGCCUGGUGAAGAAAGCUCCGAUUAUUCCCCAGAUAUAUCACCUAUCAUCCUCGCAGCCCACUGCAACCAGUUUGAAAUUCUCCAAUUGUUGUUGUCAAGAGGAGCAGUAAUCGAAAAGCCUCAUCCUCUUUCUUGUUCCUGUCAAAAAUGUCAUGAAGGUAUGCAUACAGAUAGUUUGCGCUAUUCCUUGAGACGUAUUCACACUUACAGAGCUCUUGCGAGUCCUGCCUGGAUGUCUCUGACAAGUGAAGAUCCCAUUUUAACGGCAUUCAAGUUAUCUUGGGAGCUGGAACAUCUGGCUAUGCAAGAAAAUGAAUUUAAAGAGAUUUAUGUGGAGCUAAGUAAUCAGUGCAAAAAGUAUUCUUGUGAUCUCCUGGACUUGUGCAGAAGUACUGAAGAAGUCAUAGCCGUCCUCAACAAGAAAACUGAUUCUAGUUUUCAGGAGGAUGAUGAUCCAGAUAAAUUAACACUCUCUAGAUUGAAGUUGGCUUUAAAAUAUGAACAGAAACAGUUCGUUGCGCAUCCCAACUGCCAGCAGCUGCUGACGUCCAUCUGGUAUGAAGGUUUGCCAAUUUGGAGGAGACGCAAUGCAGUGAUGAAGAUCAUGCUAUGCGUUAGUCUCAUAACUUGCAUACCUCUUAUCGCCCUUUACUAUCUGAUUUUUCCGAGAUCUAAGCUUGGUAAAAUCUUCCGAUCUCCUUUCAUGAAAUUUAUCUACCACAGUGCCUCUUUCGGAUUCUUUCUUCUGCUGCUGGUUCUGGCAUCAACGAGAACUGAGGGAAGUGAGAGAUCACGCCAAAAUGUUCGGGGACCACCCCUAUCAUUCGUUGAAUGGCUCAUAUUCUUUUGGGUGAUAGGAAUGGUCUGGGCGGAGUGCAAACAACUCUGGGAAGAAGGACUGAAGGCGUACGUUCGUCAGUGGUGGAAUUGGUUAGACUUCAUAAUGUUAAGCUUGUAUUUGACUACCUUUUCGUUGAAAGGGGUCGCUUAUAUUCAGGUCCAAAGUGGACGUUACGGCCCAAGAGUUCUCCAACGUGCGUUAUGGCCAGGCAAUGACCCUUCUCUCAUAGCUGAAGGUGUCUUCGCUGUUGCCAACGUCUUUAGUUUUGCAAGAAUCAUCUAUUUGUUUCAGACGAAUCCUCAUCUGGGGCCACUUCAGAUUUCCUUAGGAUGCAUGAUCAUCGAUAUUGCCAAAUUUCUGUUCAUAUUUUUUCUCGUGCUAACUUCUUUUGCUUGUGGCCUUAAUCAGCUGUACUGGUAUUACGACUCCAACACGGAAUUUUGUGAAACAAAAGUGGUUGCUGGAGAAAAUAUCACCUUCAAUUGUCAGUACAACCCGGAUGCAUUUAUGACGAUCGGAAAUACAUUUGCGACUCUGUUCUGGUCUCUGUUUGGCAUAAGUUCACCUAAGAGCACAGAUUUGGUGGAGGAUGACUUCUUUAUUGAAACUGUGGGUCAAGGUCUCUUUAUGUCAUAUCAUGUGACUGCCAUCGUCGUACUCAUUAACAUGCUCAUUGCUAUGAUGACCAAAUCUUUUCAAGUCAUUGAGGAUCAUGCUGACAGAGAGUGGAAAUUUGCCCGAUCUAAACUAUGGAUGGGAUAUUUCGAUGAGGGAUCGACAUUGCCCCCUCCCUUCAAUCUAAUCAUCUCACCCAAAGCAAUCUGUUAUUUUCUGAUGGGAACAAAGCGCGUCCUAUGUCACCUAUGUCCUCACAUCGCCAACAUCUGCAGAAAACAGCAUUUCGAUAGAAGCUCGGUAAAACCUGAAAAUCAAAAUGCAAACUAUAUAGGCAGUCCACCAGGCCGAAAGCCUCAUCGACAGAAUGGAAAUCCUCAUAUGGGCUUUAAUUUCCGACCGAGUGAUAUAAAUUAUCAGGAUGUGAUGAAAAGAUUGGUCAGCCGUUACAUUCAUCAAACUAAGAAACAGCUUCGCCAGGACGGAGUAAAUGAAGAUGACCUUCUGGAAAUAAAACAGGAUAUAUCUAGUUUGAGAUAUGAACUCCGAGAAGAUAGAAAGCGAGAAGCAGCUAGAAAUACCGGACAGAUAGACAGCAUCAAGCGCGACAUCAUAAGGUCUCUCAGAGGUAAUCAGGCUUGGAUACCUCCAAACUAUGGCGGACAAAUUCCUCCUCAAGAUAUCCCAAGUCCUAUCAGCUCAGCAGGAAUCAUGACUCCAAUGGAAUUUGAGAGCCUCAAACAAGAGCUCGUUACUUGCCUCCGAGAAGAGAUGCGCUUAUUGCUAACAAAAGACUCACAGAUGCCUCACGGAACCGUAGAGCCUCCUAUAGUGAACUCUGAACUGUAUCAAACUCACCUUUACACACAGUUAUAGCAGUUCUGUGAGAGACAUUGUUUGCAUAUUUGUACAGAUUUUAGCAAACAUCAGAGGGGAAUUUAGAUUUAAAAAUAUAAGUGUGCAGUGUCCGCUUACGUAAAAGACAGAUGUGCGAAUAGGUACAAUUUAUGUUCUGUAAAAACAGAGAUUUUGGAAUUUUCUAUCGCAUCCGAUCGAAAGUGAUACAUCAGGCGAAAGAAAAAAUGUACUUGUUUUACAAUUGACUCCCAACCCUGUAAAAAAUUUUCUGAAUUUCAAUUAAGGUAUCUGAUCAGCAGGACUGAAUGUGCUCAUUCAAUAAUUAAUGCUGACAAGGUAAUGCAAAUAACAAUUUUUUAAGCUCUUGAAAAAGUGAAAUAUUUUCAGUACCUUUAGAACCUUAUAAAGAAAGUAAAAAAGUAAAUUACAAAAUAGAUUCAAAAAUUGUUGAUUACUAGAUAUAUUAGAUAUUAAAAAUUAUCAGAAUAGAGGCAAUAUGCAGAUGUCAUUCAAGGGGGAAAGAUAUAUCUUUACUAAUUUCGUAUUUUCGAAUUAACUAAGGACAAACUGGCAUAUUAAUUUCAUGGCGAGUUUUAAAGUUGUUUGUUAUGCUUUAAAUGAAAUUCAUGUAGCAGCUUGUACAAAUUUGCAGAAUGCUAUUAUCCAUUUUCUAAGUUCUCAAAAAGCAUAUAAUUAUCUUCACCUAAAGUAUUGGCAAAAUAUGUUUACUAUACAUAUAUCACAUAAAUCAGUUGAAAAAUAUCUAAUUUUGCAUCUAUAAUAUUAUAUACAUUAUAAAUAGUUAAUUUUGCGCCUAUAGGCAAACAAAAUAAAUAUGCAGUA